AUGGCUCAAGAACGUGUCACGUCUGCAUCCCUGCCUGCACACGACGCAGCAGCGGCGAACGACGUGCCGUCACUUCGCAAACUAUUUGCAACCGCCUCUCCAGCCCCGCCCACCAACGACGACGACGGCGACACGCCGCUUCAUAGCGCAUCGAGAGAGGGAGCAGACGAUGCGGUCGACUGGCUGCUCAAAAACACGCAGAUAAACCCGGAAUGCGCGAACAAAAACAGAGAGACGGCAGCUCAUCUGGCCGCGGGAGGAGGCCACCUCAAGUGUCUGACGAAGUUGGUGAAUGCAAACCCUAAACGGCGGAAUGAGGUGGUGAGUGCAGCCGACGCUCAGGGCCUUACACCGCUGCACUAUGCGACAGUGAAGGGCAAACUGAAAGUCAUGAAGUGGCUGCUCGAGAAGUUCGGAGAUUCCGUCAUUGCGCAGAACGAAAAUGGACAAAUGUCUGUACAUUUCGCGGCUUCUUCAGGGAACUUGCCAGCCCUCAAGUUGCUGUUGCAACAUAGUGGAAUGGAAGCUGCAAAUCGUAGAGACCAGAAUGGUACAUCGCCUGUGUACUUUGCUGCCCAAGAAGGUCGACUGGAGUGUUUGCGGUACUUGAUUCGAGAGGCAAAGGCUGAUCCGCUGGCUAAGGCUGGUGAUGGCAUGACGGCUGUUCAUGCUGCUACACAGGGUGGACACUUUGACACAGUCAAGUGGCUCAUCAACAAACUAGGCAAAGAGAAAAUGAGUCAACCUAGUGAUGAAGAUGGAGCCACUCCUGUUCACUUUGCAGCAGCAACUGGUCGUCAUGAGAUCUUGAAGUGGUUCUUAGAAACAAGUGAAAGUAAUCUGGUUAGCUUAAGAGAUGUAUUCAGAGGAACUCCAGGCCAUGAUGCUGCUGAGUAUGGACACGUUGAGUGUCUAAAAGUGUUGGCUGAGCACAGUGCUGAUCUGUUUGCUUUAGACAAUGAAGGUAUGAGCCCAUACAGUUUGGCCAUUCGAGACAUUGAGUCAGACGUUGCUCAGUUCAUGAUGAACUAUGCUGAGUCCAGUCACAACAAGUACAAUGAGGGAGGACGUAGCAGUAGAAACUCAAGACAACAAAAUGGAGAAAAUGCAGAAAAAUCACUUCAAAAUGAAGAAACAAUUAUCAGUCACUCCAGCAAUGGGCUACCUGAUCAAAACAAGCGACUGAGUGGAGUUUCACAAACCAGCAUGCCAAUCAGUCUAGCCGAUGAUGCCACUGAGAUCAUUGAAGCAAAACAAGAAGUUGAAGCAGCUUUCCAGAAUAGCUCAUUACAACAUCAUAGAAAAGUAACUCUGUCUGGUCAAAAAGGUGUAUAUACUGACAAUCAAUCUGGGUCAGAGUUAGAUGUCACAUUUAGUGUUGAGAACCAUCAACCAGGUCACCAUAUGCCCAACGCACCACAGCACAUGCCAAGAUUAGACUCAAGAGGAAUGUUGAAGCAAUCACCACAAGAACACUAUGUAGGCCCUGCAGAUGGAAUCUAUGCUGUUCCUCAACCUUCACCGUUGAGACAAAAAAAGAAGCUGCAACGGAAAUUGACAGAGACGGAUGACAUUAAUAAUGGCUACAUGAAUGAGAAGCAAGGUAUAAAGCAACAAACAAUACAGGAAAGAAUUUCAGUACAGUCGGAGUCCCAAUCUGCUGCCAUUGAUACAUUGCAUCACAUUCAACCAGUGAGUCAGCAGAUUCACAAAAUACAUAGCAAGCAAGGUGGCAAAUGGCAUGAUGAUCAUGCCUGGUAUGAUGAUCCAGUCACUGGAAGUGUGGCCAAACAGCAACUACAACACAUAAAUCCUAACAGAGACUUCAAGAAACAAUCAGAUGUACCCAAACAAGGUGGCAAAGGUCCACAUGAAAAAAUAAGACAACGGCAUCCUGAGAACCGUUUACCUCCUCCUUGGAUCAGACAGCAGCAGAGAAUGCAUGGAGAAGCAUGGGUAGAGAGACAACCAGUCUAUCGGAUUCGCCAACCACCAAGACAUCGACAUCAGCUUCAUUCGAGUGUGGGGCCAUUUGAUCACGAAGCAGAUGUGAUUCUUAUUCCAAGAUUUGUUAAACGGUACCCACAGCUUCGUGUUCCUCAUCUGCGAGUUGAUUCGCCUCACAUUGCUCUUGAUACUCACUAUCCUCGUACUCCAUCGCCACCCAUUCCUGCUAUUGUUAGUGGUCAACAUCCUCAAGGUCAGCAAAAAGAUACCAAAUUCAGUACACUGCCAGGACACAUCGACUAUUCCAGGAGGCCGUACAAUAGAAUGUCUCAUUAUUAUAGAGCUCAUCCAGGCCACAAGUCUCCAAACUACAAGAAACAAUCUACACAACAACAAAAAAGUGGAGAGUCUUUGGACAAUGAUUUCUCAUCGAUGACAGCUGAUGGAAGGCCAGAAGUACACAACACACCACAUAACAACAAGAAGAAUAAGGGAGAUCAGCCAAAGUCAAUUUCAGUGUCUGAAAGUGAUGAUGUUAUUGUGCGAAAUGCCAAAGCGUAUCAUUCAGCAAACCGACCACGUUCAGAAAUCAUUCCAUCUCCUUCUGAUCAAUAUCACAGGCAACAGAGAAUAUACCCAGUUGCCAUCGGAAAUGGUAUAAGAGCUGGUCCUGCAUUUGAUCCAUAUCGUGCCCAGUCGAUGUCUGCUAUAGAUUCUUUUCCAGAUCGUAGAUUAGGAAAACGACAAGAAUUUUCCAGUCAUAAUGAGAUCAUGGUUAGACGCAGGCCCUAUGGGGUUGAGGACGACAUGGAUGGUCACUACAGUGUAGCUAAUGCAUUGGCAUAUGCUGCAGUGGCUGUUCUUGCUUCUGUUGCUGGAUCUCACUAUAGACAGCAAUACAUGAUGAUGGUACCUACCAACAGGCAACAGUAUCAAAGACAGACAAGACUUACAGUUCCAAGAAAAGGCCCUGGUGCAAUGAUUGCAGAGGCAUAUGAGACGGGUUCUACAGUUGACAACCAGCCUUCCGAGUCUUCUGUGUACUUCAAAAGCCACCAUUACCCCGGUCAACAAAUGCGCAAUACAUACAUGACCCAAGAACAAAGAGUCAUCAAAGACAGAAAACGCAAACCAGUUAUACAAUCAUCCAAGGUGAAAAAGAAAGACAAGAAGAUAAUUCACAAAACAAGCCAUAGCACAACAGCCAGUGAGCUCGAACCUGUUCCAGAAGAUGAGUAUGAGUAUAAUUACGAGAUGGAAAGGAAGGCACUCUCAAGUUGGACCGAAGAUGAUGAAGAUAUCAAGGAGAUGAGAGAGAUCAAUACAAUGCCUGCCAUUUACAACACAUCUGACAAUCACAGAGUGUCUGGGAAGGAUAUCAGAGAAGCAUACCAAACCUCCAAACAAAAUGCAUGGGCAUCUAUGUCUACAAUACCAAGUAGUUCACAAAGAAAUGUUCAAAUUCAACAGUGGGCAAUAGACAAUGGUCCAAAAAUGAGAACAAGCAAGGCAGCUGCUCGUGUUAGUUCAACUGGUACUCAUCAACUGGCUGUCCAAUCAUCGCAUCCUCGACAGCACAAAGUAUUGGCAACUGCUCAGAUCCAUAGCAGGCAGCUGUUUGUUAACAGGCCUGCAAAGACCAAAUCAAGAAGAAUUGGUGAAAGUGAAGAUAAUCUGAAUAUGUGGUGGUCAACAACAACAGCAAGUAACUCUGUUCAUCUACAAAAUCCUCUACCAAAAUCAGCAGCAGUUACAGAUUGGCAAACUGCUAGUGUACAAUCCCACCAUAAGAAUUCUGCUAUUGAUGUUCAUGUUGCAUCUCCACAGCCACAACAAACAUCAGAAGAGGUGAGCACAUCAAUUGGAACCUCAUUUUCUCAGUCUAGACCUACAGUUGAUGUUGGUGGCAUUCAUGUGGGUCAGCCUUCAGUCACACAAUUUGGUACUGUUGAAGCAGUGGCAUCAUCCAGGCUAAGACCUGCUCAAGCUCAAGCUAGUGUUUUGGUUACAGAGCCACCGCUUGCUCCUCCAGUUCCUUCUCAUUUAGCAACAACAUCUGCCACUCUUAAUCCUUGGAUGAUUCGACAAACAAGUCCACCAACAAGCACAAUGCUAGAGACUGGUGGAACUUCACUGGAACCUGUAAAUGAAGAAGAUGUACUGGCAACAAGUAUUGUUCGAAGUGUCAGCAGACAAUCAACCAGGAAGAGCGUAGGUAGUACGGAUGCAUAUCUUGGCCUUAUGACAUCAGCUGACGUCCGGGAUGAGCUGACAAAGAAAGAAGCAGAACUAAUGAAAUUACAGUCAAUUCAUCGCUCUCUCAGUGGGCUACAACAAAAAGAAGAUGAAAAGCAAACUGAUGAUGCUAGUGAUGGAAGCUCCAAUUCUGAUAUUGAACUUAUGGCUGAACCGAUGGCAGUAGUUAAUAGGUCUAUUAGUCAAAAUGAAGCAUUGCUGCUGCAGCAGGAGACAGUUCGUCGACAAUCAUUGUCUGCAGCUACAAAUCUAGAAGUACUUGACAAAGAAAUUCAAGAGCUGAAGAUGAUGGUUCCUGCUAGGGAUGACUUUAUAACCCCCACACCAUCUCAACUAACAUCACCAGACGCUACUCUAACAAGAGACAUAGGCAUGGCUGCAAGAGCGGGCUCAGUUGCACGGCAAGGCAUGCCGGAAAAGGGACAGAGAGCAUUUGCAAGAAUGAUCAAUAGAGAAACACGAACAGAUAACAGACCAAGUCCCUUGCCAUCCAGGCAUAUCUCAAUAUCAGACAUACCAUUGGAGGCACCACUAAAACCAGCUGGACUAAACAGUGGAACAAGAGUGAGUGAGGCAACAAUUCAGUCAACUGAAACCACUGAUUCUCCCAGCAUGGUUCGCAGUGUGUCUGCAGGUGGAGCAUACUCUCAUUACAAUGUUAAGAGAGAUACUUCCUACAAGAUUGGAGCCAUUGGACCAUCUGUGUUGGCUGAGAAGCUGAAAAUGGCCAAAGCAAGUGAAGAACGAAAUGAAGCGAUUGCCGGAGACGUUGUAAUGCGGCAAACAGGCAAGGGAAGUGUUUUGCCAAGAGCAACAACUCUUUCAGAUCAACUUGUCACUGGCAAUCAAACAAACUAUCAAACAACUCUUACUGACCAACAUAGUUUGGUGCCUGAUCCCACUGAUGAGUUCCUUGAAAUGGCAGCCAAGCUCACUCCGGUGUUGCCUCAAAAGAUGGCAGUUCUAGUAAACAGAGAUAUCACGCAGUCAAGAACAGAACAUAGUGACAAUGAUGAUUACAUAUACACACCCAUAUCUGAAAAUAAGGUCAACUCUAAAGAGGUGGUAUUAAUGACACCCAAAUCACCUGCAAAACAAGCUUUCACUGCACAGCAAGAAUUAGAAGACAAGAUGAGCAGCUCAACAGAUGAUACGUUCGUAUUUCAUGAAGGUGGCAGCACUGGCGACUUGUCUGGGAAGACAACACCAGGUUCUGCAUCAGAUACACUUGGACAAGAGAGAAAAUCAACUGCAUCAAAGUGGCAGUUUGCUGCUCAGCGUACAGUAAGCAAACUAAAUCGCCAAGGAGCUGACAAUGAACUAGAAGAGAAAUUGAAACGUCGCCAACAACUAGCAAGUGUAACGGAAGCUAUUAUCACACCCAUUACAAACAGGAAAAAGAAGCAACAACCCCAUGAGCAGCAUAAGGACGGAAUAAAGAUUUAG